AUGCCUUCCUUAUCUAAGGAAUUACCAGUGCGAUCUUUCCUGAAUACCUUACAGAAGCACUUACGUGCUCUCAAGGCCUUGAAGGAGCCCAUAGAUUCAUGGGACUCCAUAUUAAUCGUUAUUCUUCGUGAAAAGCUUAACUCUUCCGCCCGUGAACGGUGGGAGGAUCUCAGUACUGGUGCAAGUCGCUCUACUAUUAAAAAUUUUAUAGAGUUUCUUAAGCGACGCGCUCAAUUAGAAGGUGUUAGAGCGCAGACUUCAGCUUCGAAACCUGCACAAGAAAAGCAGAGUUCUCGGCAUUAUAAUAAUAAUAAUAAACCGCAGCAAUCAUUCAUGGCUGCCACGCAUGAGCAGCGGUGUGUAUACUGUAAUGAAAAUCAUCAAAACCACCGAUCGUUCAAAUGUACGUCUCCACCGUGCCGUAAUUGUAAGCAAAAGCACCAUACGCUUUUGCACUUUGAAAAAGGUAAUGAUCCUUCUGGUCAACCUAAUGGAAAUCAAGUGUCGUCACAUUUUACCACAAGUACUACGAGCAUGCAUGCUCAAUCAUCAUCAAAAGCGGUAUUAGCCACUGCUAUCGUUGACCUAGUUAAUAGUCAAGGCAUUGAUAAUACUUCUACUUAUGUCAAAUUCUCUGCACAUGUUACAUUGCGUUCUCGUGUCAGCAAGUAUGAAAAAACAGCUGAUUUUUUCAUUGUACCUCAAAUCAGCCAAACUAUGCCUUCUAUUUCUAUUAUUCAGGCUGUGCUCGAUUUACUUAAAAAUAUACAACUGGCAGAUCCUGAUUUCUUCAAACCUUCCAAGCGUAGGGCAAAUAUCAUUAAAAACCACCCUGAGGCGGUGUUGCAAAAAACACAAUUGGGUUGGAUUGUUGCCGGUGAGCUCAAUCAAUUUCCUCAGGUUGCAAGUGUAUUUUGUCAUAUGACUGUUCAGUCAGGCCCUCCAGACGUAAUUUUAACUCGUUUUUGGGAGCUUGAAGAACUUGACGCCGCUGCGGUCCUGUCACCAGAAAAAAAGGCUUGUGAAGAACAUUAUUCUCGCUAUACCAAGAGAAAUGCUGAUGGAAUAUAUGAAGUCAGACUGCCGUUCAAUAAUAAAAAAUCUGCUUUGAGUGAAUCUUACUCGUCUGCGUUAAGACGUUUUUAUUCAUUGGAGCGGAAGUUUCAGCAGAAGCCUGACAUUCAAGAUGAUUGUGUUGCAUUUUUGAAUGAGUAUACAUCUUUAGGACAUAUGUCACUUGCAGAUGAUCAAGAAGCCAAGGAUCAAGGAUUUUUCCUUCCUCAUCAUGCUGUUCUAAAGGAGGACAGCGUUACUACAAAAGUUCGAGUUGUUUUUGAUGGUUCUGCUCGAACUUCUACCGGGAUUUCUUUAAACGAUACUCUCAUGGUUGGACCUAAUUUACAAGAUGAUUUAUUUAUUAUUCUCAAGCGUUUUCGUUCCCAUACUUAUGUGCUUACUGCGGACGCUGAGAAAAUGUAUCGGCAAGUUCGUGUUAAUUACGACGAUGCCCAAUAUCAGAAAAUUCUGUAUCGCGCAAAUUCAACUGAACCUAUUCGGACAUAUGUGCUUAAUACAGCAACAUACGGCACUACUAGUGCUUCUUACUUAGCUAUCAAAACUUUAUUUAAGUUAGCUGAGGAUGAGGAAAAGAAUUAUCCCACUGCAGCUCAAGUGCUGCGCAGAGACUUUUACGUGGAUGAUUUGCUCUCAGGUGCGGAUACAAUUUCCGAAACAAUCAUAUUACGUGAUGAGCUCAUUGCGAUGUUAAAGAAAGGUGGAUUUUGCCUAAGAAAAUGGGCAUCAAACCACCCCUCAAUGCUUAUCAAGAAUCAGGAGCACCCUGAUAGCACCCAUAUGUCGUUGGAUCCUGAUGCAUCCAUUAAAGCUUUGGGUAUCCGGUGGAAUUCCCGCAAGGAUUACUUCUUUUAUUCAGUAAAUAUUACGCCUCGUGAGGACAUAACUAAAAGAACUAUUUUGUCUCAAAUAGCUAAACUUUUUGAUCCUCUUGGACUUCUUGGUCCCAUUAUUGUGUACGCCAAAAUUCUCAUCCAACUACUGUGGAAGGCUGGUGUUGAUUGGGACGAAUCAAUCCCGAUUGAAAUUCAUUCAUCGUGGUCUGCGUAUCAGGACCAGCUAUCAGUGAUUGAAAAAUUACGUUUUCACCGAGGAGUGACAAUACCCAAUGCUGUUAAUGUGCAACUGCACGGAUUCUGCGAUGCCAGUGAGAAGGCCUAUGGCGCCUGUUUAUGUUUGCGCUCGACUGACAUUCAUGGACGAGUCCAUAUACGCCUAAUUUGUUCUAAAUCGCGCAUCGCACCUGUCAAGCCUCUAACAUUGCCCAGAUUAGCGCUCUGUGCUUCGCUAUUACUUGCUCGACUUUAUCGUAUUGUAAAGCCAACUAUAUUGAAAGAAAUUAAUGAGUCAUGUCUUUGGUCUGACUCCACGAUCGUAUUGCAUUGGAUAAAUACUCCAGCUAACCGUCUGAAAACUUUUGUAUCUAAUCGUGUAGCAGAAAUACAAGAAGUUGCAGCGUCUUGCUACUGGCGUCAUGUUUCUUCUCAGGACAAUCCCGCAGAUCUUAUAUCGCGUGGCCAACUUCCAUCGGAAUUCAUGACAAGCUCCAUUUGGUUUGAGGGUCCAUCUUGGCUACUGCAGAAAAGCUCAUUAUGGCCUAACAGAGAUCUCACUUCUAUUGACAUUCCUGAGCUGAAGCCGAUAAUUCCCAGAAUUGCUUGCAUGAAAAUUGAAUUUAAAGAGAAUAAUUUAUUGAAAGAUAUAGCUCGUCCAGCAAGCUACAGAGAGUUAUUGCAUACAUAA